AUGCAUAUUUCAACUAUUUCUGACCAAACUGAUCACACUAAAACUGGCCCUCUCACCCGCUAUGAUGGUGCUAACUCUGAUGAAUACUUGAGCAACUCAGAUAGCUAUAAUAAUAAUGAUUCUGAUUGUGGAUCAGAUGAUUAUAAUAACUAUGAGUUCAAUUAUGAGUUAGAUAGUGAAGAAGCUCCCUGUGCUUCAUCCAGCACUACCAAGACUUCAUUAGUUCAGCUACCAAAUAAAAUUUUCUUAUCACCACCUAGAGAUAUAUUAAAUGAUAAAGAGUCAUUAGAUUGUCUUCUAAUCUAUUUAUUCCUCUUUCCAAAUAAAAAGGGCCCCAGUUUAUAUAAUGCUUAUAACUAUAAUGAAGUAGAAGAUAAAUUGGUUAUCAAAAUCGACCAAGAUAAUCGAGCCUCAAAGUUUUCCAUUGCAGAUGAUAUUGCAGAAGUAUACAGUUUACUUGGGAUUCAUGAAUGUAUUAAUGAUCAAAACCCUUUAAGAGCUGUAAUUGAUAUUGAUGCUUUAGCUUUGUAUCGAAUUCUUGACUGUGGCUGGAAGGAUAUUCUCAAAGAGUUAGUAAUUGCUACAUUUUCAGAUCCUAGUAAAUGCAGUUAUCAUAUUUUAUAUGCACUAGCUUUUCUCAUAGAUUAUCAUGAACUCAAAGCUUUCACAGACUUACUUAUUGGUUCGGCAAAAAAAGGCUGUAUAAAGUGUAUUUUUCAAUUCUUACUAGAUAAUGGGUGGAAUGAACUCGAUCAUGUUAGGGUUCAACCACCUUUUAAUUUGGGUUUCGAAGAUAUAUUACAAAAAUGCAUGAACCUAGUUUUGCAAAAGCAUUCUAAAUAUCUUAGAGAUUGGACUAUCGAAGAAAAGGAUUCACAAAGCUUUGUCAAUGAACUUGAGGAAAUAUUUGAAUAUAACCUAUCUAUUGUAGAAAAAAUUCUGCAAAAAAAUAAAAUUUUACUACAACCUUCUCACAAGUUAAAAGGCUCGGGCUUCUCAAGAGCUUUCGUAAAAAUACCAUCUUGGGUCAAAUAUAGUGAGACCCUUACAACUACAAAAACUUACAAGGAAAGGUACAUAAGACAAUUACCCAAUGAGGGCAAUAUUUAUGUGGGAUCACCUUAG